GGAAGACUGGAGGGCCAUCGCUGCCGAGUUCCUGGAGAGGUGGAAUUUCCCCAACUGUCUUGGCUCCAUUGACGGGAAACAUGUAGUAAUCCAGGCUCCACCGUGCUCAGGUUUGCAAUUCUACAACUACAAGGGUACAUAUUCAGUUGUACUCUUGGCUGUAGUAGAUGCCAUCUACUGUUUCCGUGUUGUUGGUGCUUACGGCAAGGGAAGUGAUGGCAGGCACUUCAGGAAGGCACCCUGGAGAUUCCACCACCUGCAUCACUCCCUGGGGCUGAAGUCCUGGGACCUGUUCCCCACGUCUUCGUCAGCGACGAGGCCUUCCCUUUAAGACCCAACCUCAUGAGGCCCUACGCUGGACGCCAGCUGCCAUUGCCAAAGCCUGUAAGGAUCUUUAACAAACGACUGUCAAGGUUAGUUGUUGAAUGCACCUUUGGGAUUCUGGCAGCCCGGUGGAGAAUGUAUCGGAGAGUGCUUGGUCUCAGCCCCAAAUGACGAUGCCUGCGUGAAGGCCACAUGUGUUCUCCACAACUACCUGCCGAGGUCAUUCCAGGAGCCGCUCCGGAUGGAGAUGGGCACGCCAAUGGUCACCUACCUGAUGUCACCAGGGCAGGUGCCAACAACGCCCCCAGACAGGCACUCCAGUUUGAGUGGGCAUGGCAGAACCCUCACUCCUCCCGACGCCUGUCCCACGUCACCCGGCGCUCAAAGAAGGAAUCCAGCCUGCAGUUCCACUGGCGUGUGGUGUCCAACAUGUUGCGGGUGAUGCCGUGGAGCCGCCUGCCCCUCACCACCCGCUGGCUCAAGCAGGAGUACAGGAUGGACUUUGAGCCUGGCCUUCAGCCGCCGCUGCACGUCCCUUUGGCCUUCGGCAGCAUCAGGGUCAGGAAACAGAAACCGAAGCAUGUGGAAGAGGAACAAGAGGAGAAGGGUGCAGAUAUAUGCCUCCUUUGUCAGGGGACUGUUAAGUCUGCAGAUAAGAUGACCUGCUUCCAUCCCUUAUGUCACAUGACCAGCCACCUGAUUUGCUUAGCCAAACACUUUCUGACGGGUGAGGCCGCACAUCUCCUUCCUGUGGAGGGGGAGUGUCCCGGGUGCCGUCACUCAGUACUGUGGGGGAGUCUGAUUCGCCACAAGAAUGGCUGUUACGGAGACCUGGAGGAGAAGACAUCCUCAUCCCAAAACCAUUGGACAGAUGAACUGCAGAUCUAAUCUGAAUGUGAUCAGUCAGAACCUUCCUAAUAUGAACUUUGAACUGCUACCCGAGUCACCAUGACUGUACAGAGAAGAGACUGCGAAGAUAGGAUGAAAUACAGUAGAUCAAUGACUAGCAAGUUACUCUUGAAUGGACUUUCCUGCAACAGCAAAGGCUUGAUCAAUUGAUUGAUCCGUCAGAAGAUUUAAUGUUUGCACAAAAAUCAUGCUGAUCUGGUUUGAAAAAUGUUUUUAAUGCAUCAUCUGAACCCCUUUUAGAUAGUUUUUUUAGUUAACAGAUACAAUCAUGAAUAAGGCCGUUUUAAAUGUGUGUAAAACCUAUAUGUAGUGUAUGUACAACCAAUAAAACAUGGAUACUUUGUUUUGGAGCCAAUGAAAGCACAA